CUUAUUGAGUGCCGGGGGUUGAGUCGACCACUUCAAAAUAUCCAUCAUGCUGCGACGACGUAGUGCUGCGAAUACCAAGUUUGGUUUGCUACGCCUGCCCGAUGAUGUUCUUAUUAUAAUUCUAAGUUAUCUCGACUUAAGGACUCAGCUAAAACUGAAACACUUGCAUUUGCGGUUUAAAAGAUUAAUGCCGCAUGUCUGGCGUUCUUAUAACAAAUCUGCACUUAUAUCCUUGAUUGAAAUGCAGCUGAGCGACAAGGAUCUGCGUUUCUUUCUGGAAAGUACUCAACAAACCCUCAGUACCCUACGUUUUAAAAUGAAUAAAAGAUCAAACUUCGAACUCCUUACUAGCUACAGUUUUCCAAAUCUUAAGGAUUUUCGCUUCUCAACGCAUUCGUUUACGUUGAACGAUGCGGACUUGCCUAAAAUGUUGAAGACUUUUCCAAAUCUGACAACUUUCAGCCCACAUGGAAAGUUUACUGGCAAAACCUUUGAAGAAUUUGUGUUUCUCGAGCACCUCACGGUCUCCUACUGCAGCAAACUCGAAGUCACCAACUUGAUACAGAUCCUGAAAACCAGAAAUAUAAAAUCCCUCAAGCUGGGAAUCUUUGAUUUUAACCAGAUCUCGAAUAUAAAACUGCCCUGGGAAGGGAUUAGAAAUCUGGAGUUCUUGCAGUGCUACCGCGAGGAAAUGUUGAUGUGGUUUCUACCGAAACUGGAACAUCUUACACACUUGAAGAAGCUAUUUCUGUGUGGUCACGUUAGCUACAGCGAUCUGAGACAGAUGCUCUUAUCUGCCAAGAAGCCCACCAUUGAUAUGAUCGAAGUAAACCAAUUUACAUCCCUCAAUGAUGAAACUCGCGGCCUAAAUCUGACAGUUAAGAUCCUCAAAGUUUCCAAUUAUGGCAUGUCAGCAUGUGCACAUAUCAGCAUUAAUGUCAAGGAAUUGUAUAUGCGAAAUUCGGUUUGUGUGUACGAAUGGGAGUUUGAUGCUUUAAUACAAAACCUUAAAACACACGAGACUCUGGGCCUAUCCCGCUGCACUUUUGGAUUCAAGGAGUUCACAUUCGAUGCAGAGAAAUUGGCGGAAAACCGUACCACAAUACUCAAUAUUUAUGUGGAUCAAAACAGGUGUCGCCCUAAUAUAGUAACGUAUUCACGGUAUAUAUCUCCGCAUGAUGACGUUCCCAUGAUCUGGAGAGUGCAAGGGGAACAUAGGCUUUUCAAGCUGCACUUCGAGCACCCAAAAAUCACUUUUAACUCCGAUCCCAUUUCAAUUUACUUUGAUUCGAGUGCCAAUGAUCUAGUUGGUUGAAUAAGGUCUAAUUUGAUUGGACGAUCCCAGCUCUCUGACCGAUCUCAGUGAAUAACUAUUGGAAGAUUGGAGUUCUUCAAUGCAGGCCGACCAAGAAGCUGCAGAGGAUUGG